AUGGCUGUAUCUACGGAAAAAAUUUCUUUAUACUCUGUGACAGAGCUCAAAAACACCUCCGACGAUGCAAUUCCUGCCUACCUUAAUUCGUUGAAGUUCAAACAAUCUCAUACUGUUGCAGACAUUCGUUUAGUAAUUGGAUAUGCCUCUCUUUUAAUCGCUGCAGCAACUUUUUCUUGGGACUACAAGUUUGGCUUCGAGUCCACUAAGCUUUACACCGCCUUCGCUGUUGGAUUGUAUGCUACUCUAAGCAUCAUUUUGUCUUUGUAUUCGACGUACGUUGAAAAGGGCACAAUCUAUAUCGGGACCAAUGCACAAGACGAUGAAAUCAGAAUCGAAACAAAAGUGGAGGAAUGUGUCCCGAUUUACAAUCUACGCAUCACUACCAAAUUAAAAUCUUGUCCUGGAGAGAAGCCCAAAGUAACAAACUUGAAAAAGCCUUUUAACAAAUGGUUCGAUAAGGCUGGUCAUUUCGUUGCUCUUCCUUUCCAACAAAUGCUUGCUAGUAGUAUCCCAAUGAUCGACGAUGCAGACAAAGCAAGGAAAAAUAAAUGCGUGGAAUCCAGCGACAAAGAAUCCUCUAAAAUUGAAUAA